AUGCCUCUCCCCUUCCUCGCCCACGUCUACUACACGGGCUACCCCACCUGGCUCCCCGAGCCCCUCCGCCUGCUCAAAGUCCUCGGCACCGUGGGCGCGGUCACCCUCACAAAAUGGUACACCUCCGGCCGGUCCAACCGAUCCGAGCGCAACAUGCACGGCCGCGUAGUGCUCAUCACAGGCGGCACCUCAGGCAUCGGCGCCGCAACAACCCUCGAACUCGCCCAGCGCGGCGCCCAAAUCGUGCUGCUCACCCGCCUUGCGCCGACAGACUCGUUUCUGGUGGAUUACAUUGAUGAUCUGCGCACGCGCACGGGGAAUCAGAUGAUUUAUGCCGAGCAGGUGGAUCUCGCGGAUCUGCAUAGUGUGCGGCAGUUUGCGACGAAGUGGAUUGAUAAUGCCCCCCCGAGGCGGUUGGAUAUGAUUGUGCUCUGCGCGGCGACUAUGGUGCCGCCGGGGAGUCCGCGCGUGGAAACGGCCGAGGGAGUGGAGGUGACGUGGCAGGUGAAUUUCCUGGCGAAUUUCCAUCUGCUAGGGAUUCUCAGCCCGGCGAUCCGGGCGCAGCCCUUCGACCGUGACGUGCGGAUUGUGAUACCGACGUGUUCGAGUUACAUUUCUGCGCCGAAACUGGAUGCGGGGUUGGACAGGGAAGGAUGGACGCCGCAGACGGCGUAUGCGCGGAGUAAGCUGGCGUUGAUGGUGUUUGCAAGGGCGUAUCAGAAGCAUUUGGAUGCGUAUAAGCGCCCGGAUCAGUUGCCGAUGACGGCGCGGGUGGUGCUGGUUGAUCCCGGCUUGGCGCGGACGCCGGGGAUGCGGCGGUGGUUGACGCGGGGGUCGUUGUGGGGGUUGGGGUUGUAUUUGGUGUUUUAUGUGUUUGCUUGGUUGUUGCUGAAGAGUCCGGAGAUGGCCGCGCAGUCGGUGUUGUUUGGGGUUAUGGAGAGUAGUUUGGUGCGGGUGCCUGGCGGGCGGUUGAUCAAGGAGUGCAUGGAGGUGGACUGCGCGCGGAAGGAUGUGGACGACGAGGAGGUGGCCAAGAAACUGUGGGAGGCGAGUGACAAGUUGAUUGAGCGGGUGGAGAAGCAGCAGGCGGUCAAGAGGGCCAAGGCGAAGAAGGAGCGGGAAAAGGAUGAGAAGAAGAAGGAGGAGGAGCAGAAGAGGGACGAAGAAAAGAAGAAGACGGCGGCUCAGGUCGAGGAGAUUGAGGCGCUUGUGGAUGCCAUCACGAGGGGGAAAGCCAAGGCAGCGAAGGAAGCUAAAGAUGGGAAACAAACUUACAAGAAAGAGACCCAGGAGACUACAAAAAAGGGCGGGAGAAAGGGGAACCCGUCCCACCUACACCCCGUCUUCUUCACCGACAAGCUGCGCCGGCCGCCGUUUCACAUCGUGGCGGGGCCAUAUACCAGCCCGAUUGCGCACGGGUAUGUGUACCAGGACGGACAGCGGGGUGUGACGCGGUUAUGA